AUGGACACGAAUGAGUUGCGCAUGAGCGAAAACUUCCCACGUGUGCCAAAGCCUUGCGAGAACGCGGCCACUAAGUUUUUCACGUGUUUCUAUGAGCAUGGCAAGCAGCCAGUAGGUGAAUCCAACACAGACGUGGGCAACGUUGCGAUGGAGAAAUGUAAGGACAUGAUGCUGGCUUACAAUAGCUGCGUGGACGCCGAGAUGACCAAAAGCCCCAAAGGUUUUUUUCGCGUACCGGAGGUUUACCGUAUGCGCAAGUGA